AUGCCAUCCUUCUCCUCAAUAGACAGUCAGAGCAUCAAUCCCACCAGGGUGGUCAAGGAGGUCAGGGCACUGAUGGUUGACAUGGGCACAGGCUAUUUCAAAGCAGGCUUCGGUGGCCAUGCCAAGCCUUCAGUCGUCAUCUCUUCCACAGUGGGUAGACCCAUGCAGCGGAGUGCCAAGACUGGAGACAACCGGCAGGAGAACUUCGUGGGCAGUGAGCUGAGAGCCCCUACAGAGCUGCGGCUCAUCAACCCUCUCCGGCAUGGCAUUGUAUUGGAUUGGAAUGGUGCCGAGGCCAUCCUGGCCUACAUCUUUGAGAAGGAGAUGAAGGUGCAGCCCGAAGACCAUGCCGUGAUGGUGGCUGACCCACCCCUGAGCCCCACCACCAACCGCGAGAGGAUGGCCGAACUCCUCUUUGACACCUUCAACUUUCCAGCCAUACACAUCACAAGGCAGUCGCUGCUUUCUAUCUAUGCCUAUGGCUGCACCAGUGGGCUGGUGGUGGAGAGUGGCCAUGGUUCCUCCUGUGUCGUCCCCAUCCAUGAAGGCUAUAUCUUGCCUCACAUCACUGCCAGCAUUGAUUAUGGAGGCUGUGAUCUUACCAAAUAUUUGCUAAAACUCAUCAACCAGAAUGGGCACAAGUUAAGUGCCAAUGAUUAUCAUCUCCUGGAGCAAAUUAAACAGGAGUAUUGUUACACCGCUAUUGACUUUGAUGGUGAGAUGCGGGGUGAGAACAAAGAGUACAUAGCACACUUUGAGUUGCCAGACGGUAAGAUUAUCACGGUUGGCAAGGAAAGGAUUAAAUGCCCUGAAGCCCUCUUCAAUCCAUCACUCAUCGGUUCCAGAGAGGCUGGGCUGCAUACAGUGGCUCUGAACAUCAUCAAUAAAUGUGACCCUAGCCUGCUAGAGGAAAUGUACACAAAUAUCCUGCUCUGUGGGGGCUCAACCAUGUUCUCUGGGUUCCGUGUUCGUUUCCAGAAGGAAUUAAGAAAACUGGCACAAGACAUGAACCCGCAAGUGCAAGCAAUUCCUGAGAGAAAAUAUUCAGUCUGGUUUGGAGGUUCAAUCCUAUCCUGCAUCAAAUCCUUCCAGCAACUGUGGGUUAGCAAAAGGGAUUACGAUGAGCGUGGACCACUGGCUAUCUAUAGAAAAUGUUUCUGAA